AUGUCGGAUACACCCCAGCAACGCCCUUUGUCAACGGCACCAGGAUUCCAGCCAGCCUCGUCGCUCCCCAGGUCGACCCACGCCCCGUCCUUGUCCUCCAACCGCAACGCUGGCGGUGGGCAGCGUCUCCCUCCAAAGACCGGCGAGUCUAGUUCGACCGUCGCAGCUGCUCCAGGCGGUGGGCCAUCAGCCCCUGCGCCUCCAUCAGGACCAUCAAAACCCGUAAACCGGCCUGCUGCGAGCAAGAAUGCCAUCGUGCACAGUGUCCUUCAACGCCGCAACCCCAUCCUGCCACUGAUACGUAAUGUUGGACUGGAGAUUGGAGACAUCAAGGCGGAUUACCAGGUCGGAGCACACAACGGAGUGCUGUUUCUGAGCCUGAAAUACCAUCGGUUGCACCCAGAAUACAUCCACACCAGAAUUGAAAAGAUUCAGAAUGUGUACAAGCUUCGCAUUCUUCUGAUUCUCUGCGAUAUUAACGAGCAUCAGCAACCGCUGAGGGAGCUUUCCAAGCUCGCAAUUAUCAAUGAGUUGACAAUUCUCGUCGCCUUCUCCAACGAAGAGGCAGCACAAUACCUGACCACUCUCAAGGCGUAUGAGCACAAGUCUGCCGACUCACUCAAGGAGAGGGUCCGCCAGACGUACCAAGAGCAGCUGGAGCAUGUUCUUACCAGUGGCCGCAAGGUCAACAAGGCCAAUGCGGAGACCCUCUCAGCUACCUUUGGCUCGUUCGCAAGCAUGGUCAAACAGCCAAACCAGGCCCUCAACAAUGUCAAGGGUAUUGGUGCGACCAAAACACUGUCGCUGUAUCGUGCAUUCAAUGAGCCAUUCAUUGCUGGCGCCGGUCCAAAACCGCCGACGGUCGCUUCUUCCAAGCAAAAGGGAACGGCCGCGACGACUACUCCCAAGGACGACGGCGAGCGUGACGGGCCGGAGACAACAAUGAGCGGCGAGCCUGCAAAGUCAAUCGGUGCCAGUCUCGAGCUUGGGGAGAAAACUAGCAACGACAACGAAGACUCGCCACCGUUUAGACGCCAACCGUCGACACCACCCACACCCAAACGCCCGGACGACAGACGUCUGCCGUCUCGAUCUCCUAGCGCUGAAAGGACUCCGCCACCAGACGCUGUUUGGCACGACCCACUUGAUGAUGAUGAAGACGACGACGAUGACAUUGAACAACCAGUUGCGAAGAAGGCUCGCGUGUAA